AUGCGCCCUUACAAAAGAGUCGGAUGUCGCUUUCAUGCGGCACUUCAAACCGGACAACCAACGACAAAGAUGUUUUCUACUGGAAGACGCAAUCAAAUUUUCGCCUUAUUUUCCAUUGCCAUAUUUCUCACCGUUUUACUGCUACCGGAAGUGAGUUGCCACCAUGGUGACGGUGGAGGCGGAUUGUUUGGAGGUGGAGGCGGUAAACACGGAGGUGGUGGAGGAGGCUUAGGUUCGAUGCUUGUUGCAGGCCUCAUAGCUAAGAUUCUAGGAGAGCACGAACACCACCAUUGCGACCAUGGCCAUCACCAUCACGGCCACCAUCACAUGAUGCAUAUGAUGAUGAUGCACCACGGAUAAAUUUAGAUACGUAAUUUGUAUGAUUUCAUGUAUAUAUAUCAUUUUUGCCAGUUUUCUCACCUGAUUUCUUGUAUAGAUUGUAUUG